AUGGCAGAGCAAAUUGUUUCUCCAAUUGCUGGGAAGGUCGCGGAUAGUCUGUUUGAUGCAGCUCGCCGUGAACUUGGUUACUUGUUUCAUUACAACGACAAUGUUGAAAACUUGAAAAAGCAGGCUAAGAAGUUGGAAGAUAGCAGAGACAAGGUGAGAAUGAAAAUAGAAUCUGCUAAAAGCAAUGGAGAAAACAUUUUUCCUGAUGUUCAAAGCUGGAUAGCAGAAGUGGAUAAUAUUUCCGCAAAAGCUGAAAAGUUUUUUGAAGAUGAAGACAAAGCCAACAAGAGGUGCCUCAAAGGGUGGUGUGUUAAUCUCAAACAACGUUAUCGAUUCAGUAAGGAGGCAAAGGAACAUACACUGGUGAUUUCUGAUCAGCUCCAAGAAGUGGGAAAGUUUGAGAGUGUGUCUUGUCCUGCUCCUCCGCCUGGAAUUAUAUCAUCAUCGAAGUUAUUUUCUUCGGGCACUUUUGAAUCUAGAAAUUCAAUUAAGAAGCAAAUUGUGAAGGUGCUAAUCGAUGAUCAUAAUGUUAGCAUAAUUGGAAUAUGUGGAAUGGGGGGCGUGGGUAAGACCAUACUGGUCAAAGAGAUCAGCAAACAAGUAAAAGAAGAAAAGAUGUGAUUCUUGUGGGAGAGAAUCAAGAAAGAGAAGCGGAUUCUUGUCGUGUUGGAUGACGUUUGGGAAAGAAUCAAAUUGGAUGAGAUUGGUAUUCCUUUUGGGAGUGACCAUAGAGGUUGUAAAAUUUUAAUCACCUCUCGAAGCAAAACUGUAUGUAAUCAAAUGGAGUGUCAACCGAUAUUUACAGUUGAAAUUUUAUCAAAACAAGAAUCUUGGGCACUUUUCAGCGAGAUUGUGGGCUCAAAUGUCGAAACUUCUGACAUAAGCUCUUUUGCAAGAGAGAUAGCUGCUAAAUGUGGUGGCUUGCCACUUGCAAUUGUGAUAAUAGCAGGAGCUUUAAAGGGCAAGAACAAGCAUGUGUGGAGAAACGCGGCACGACAACUUCAAAAGUACAACCCAUCUGACAUCCCAGGCGUGGAGGGGAUCUUAUUUUCAUCUUUGGAGCUGAGCUUGCAUUAUCUAGAAAAAGUGGAGUCAAAAUCACUUUUCUUAUUUUGUAGCUUAUUUCCAGAGGAUUACAAAAUUCCAAUUGAAGUUUUAGUGAGAUACGCGAUUGGUCAGAGGUGGUUUAAAGAUGUUGAUGAGACAAUAGAAGAUGUCAGAGGUAGAGUUCAUGCUAUUGUAAGUACCAUCACUUCUUCCUUUCUCUUAAUUGAUGAUGGUGAAGAGUAUGUUAAAAUGCAUGAUGUAGUGCGGGAUUUCGCAUUAAACAUAGCUCCUAAAUACAACCACCAAUUCAUGGUAAAAGCUGGCAUUUGUCUACGAGAGUGGACAGAUUAUGAAGAUUUCACAUGCAUCUCAUUGAUGUUAAAUAAUACUAUGGAGCUACCUAAUGAGUUGGAAUGCCCAAAGUUGCAGGUUUUGAUGUUGCAAGGCAAUUUUGAGAUUUUUUUUCCUAAGAAUUUCUUUCAAGGAAUGAAAAAUCUUAAUGUUUUAAACUUGAGUGGAUUGACGCUCUUGUCGUUGCCUGAUUCACUUUCAUUUCUUUCAAAUCUUAAAACAUUGUAUGUUAGUGGUUGCAAGUUGGGUGACCUAUCAAUGAUUGGAGGUCUAAGUAAACUAGAGAUUCUUAGCCUUUACAGAUCUUCUAUUCAAGAGAUCCCUGAUUCCUUUAGCCAAUUAAGUAAUCUCAGGUUAUUAGAUUUGAAUAAUUGUGAGGAGUUAACACUAAUACCUCGUGGUGUAAUAUCCUUUCUUAAAAAGUUAGAAGAGUUGUACAUUAAUAGAUUUUGGCAAUGGGAAUAUGAAAGUGAAAAUUUGAAAAGCAAUGUCAAUCUUGUUGAGUUACAAGCUUUGUCUCAAUUAACUCAUUUAGAGAUUAAUAUUCUAAACCUUGACCUCUCACCAAAAUUGUUGGUAUUCCAAAAUAACCUGUCCAAAUUUAAAUUAAGAAUAGGUUAUAGUGAUUUCUAUGAGGAUUAUUUGGAUGAGAGUAGAUACUCAAGAAAUAUGCGUGUCUCACAAACCAACAUUUCAAAAAUACAUGAUUGGGUUAAAGGUUUGCUCAAAAGAACUGAGUAUCUAGUUUUAGAGGAAAUUGCUAAUUUAGAGAGUAUUAGCCAUAACCUAGUUGAAGAAGGGUUCAAUGAAUUGAAGUAUCUUAAUAUCAAAUCAUGUGAUGAGAUAAAGUAUCUCCUAAAUACAUUGGAAUGGACACCAAACUCAACUUUCUACAAUUUAGAGGAAUUGCAUAUGUAUUUUAACCCCAACUUGGUUGAAGUAUGUCAUGGACAACCUCCAGGCCCAUCAUUUAGUAAAUUAAAACUUUUAACAGUGUAUAAGUGCCACAACAUGUUAAAUGUUGUACCAAGUCUACUCCAAAGCCUUAUUUGUUCGGAAGAAAUAUAUAUAAGAUAUUGCAAUAAUUUAGAGGAGAUCUUUGAGAAGAAAGAAGCUUUGGAUGAGGAGUUAGACCACACCAUAACCUCCCCAAGUUUGGGAAACCUGACUUCUAUGUUUAUAGAUGGAUGUCCUAAAUUAAAAAACCUCUUCGUCCCUUCCAUUGUCAAAUGUCUGGUGAAGCUCAAAAGUCUUCAAAUAUGGAAUUGCUCAACAAUAGAAGAAAUAGUCACAAAUGAGAAAGGAGAAAAAGAAGCAUCAAUAGAGAGGAUAGUGUUUCCUAGUUUGUACUACUUGGAUCUUUUAUUUCUAGACAACCUCACUUGUUUUAGCUCUGGAUCAUAUACUAUUGAAUACCCAGCAUUGGAGAGGCUAGAGAUAUAUAGAUGUGGAAAAAUGAAGACCUUUGGUUAUGGAGAGCAAGUGACACCCAAGCUUAACAAAGUGUUUGUCGAGGGGUAUGAAGAACGUUGGAAUGGCAACUUGAAUGCCACAGUGCAAGAUUACUUCAAUGAACAGGUAUGUAGUUAA